ACAGAGCUUUAGCAAUGUUCGGAAAGAUUCUCUCUCACCUGCUCUGGAACGCCGAUGAGGACUUUGAGGUCGCAGAUGACGCGUUUGACGAGCUGAUGGAGUUUGAGGAGGGGGGAUGGGUCAUUGUAAACCUCCCAGAGACCCGGCUGCUGUCGGCCCCUGAGGCGGACCCCCUGGAGAACCUGCUGAUCGAGCAUCCCAGCAUGUCUGUGUACCAGAUGAGGCGGAGCAUGAGUCGAGCAGGGGAGGAGGAGGAGGAGGAGGAGGACGGCUCUGAUGGAGACGAAGAGGAUUCUUCGAGGCCCGUGGCAGUGAGGCGGCACAUAUCCUGGCGUUUGGCCGCCUGGGGGAUCCCUCUGCCCUGCAACAUCCAGCUGCUGGCCGCCCAGAGAGCCAGGGUCCAGCAUGAGGGCAGGAAGCUGAGCCGCAGCGCCCUCCACAGACAGAACCUGGCUAAAACACGAUUCUCUCCCGCAGAGAAGCGCUACGGCCACUUCAAGCAGCCGUGCCAGCGCCUCUACAACUACUGAGCAGAUAUGCUGGAUCAACGAGGAGGGGGGGGGGGGUGUUUCUCAUUAAUGACAUCAUCACUGCUCAGUGUGCAGCACAGUGCCUUCAGUUACUCAGGUUUUCCAUCACCAUCUCAGUAUCUCAGUAACUUCUGCAUAUCCACAAAUGUUUGAGAUUCACGUGUUCAAAUAUCUGCCAAAUGAAGCCACACAAGCGUUUGUUUCAUUUUGAAUAGAAGCACCCUGCACUGCUACCUUCACCACUCACCCUUCAUCUCCUUCAUCUGCUGUAUGACAAGUUUGUUUACAGUGUUAGGACAGAAUCAGUUCCAUCCAUAUUAACGCCCGUGUACAUUAACGAGAACAGUCGAGUUGUUUGAUUUGUUGGAUUGUUUUUGAGUUCAGCUCUUAGGCAGUUGGAGCUGUGUAAACGUUAUUGUGAUGCUGUUGCUGAUCCGAUAUCGAUCGUUGUACUUUGGCACAUUUCGAGUGAUGCUUCUUUUGUUUUAUUCACGUGUUUGAUUGUGUGCAUUAGCUUUAGACAUUUCUUUGUGUAUCGAGAGUUACUCUCACUCCAUGUUGACCUGUAUUACAUUUAUGAUGAGUGAAAAACAUAAAAAACUGAAUGUGAAUUUCUUGAGAUAAAUGUUUUUGCUUCUAAGUGGCUUUAGAGUAUUAACUACAAAACCACUGUUCAUUUGUUUUUUUUUAAUUGAGGUGAACAUUUUGUACGUUUCUGUGGGUGCUCAUCAUUUCCUGUUACACGUUUUGUUCACUGAAGAAUCAAGAGUGUAAAUAAGAUCGAAUGUGAUGUUUUUUCUAUUUGUGUGUAUUUAUAAAAUGUACAAAAAAAAGGCAAAUAAAUCUUCUUUUUUAA